AUGGCCGAGGGCCCCGUGGUAGGGAAGGUAGGGAACCUCGGCCUACUUUUCAUGCUCCUGUUUUUUAUCUAUGCUGCCCUGGGAGUGGAGCUGUUCGGGAGGCUUGAGUGCAGUGAGGACAACCCCUGCGAGGGCCUGAGCCGGCACGCCACCUUCUCCAACUUCGGCAUGGCCUUCCUCACGCUGUUCCGCGUGUCCACGGGGGACAACUGGAACGGGAUCAUGAAGGACACGCUGCGCGAGUGCGUCCGGGAAGACAAGCACUGCCUCACCUACCUGCCCGCCAUCUCGCCCAUCUACUUCGUCACCUUCGUGCUGGUGGCCCAGUUCGUGCUGGUCAACGUGGUGGUGGCCGUGCUCAUGAAGCACCUGGAGGAGAGCAACAAGGAGGCCCGUGAGGACGCCGAGCUGGACGCGGAGCUCGAGCUGGAGAUGGCGCAGGGGCCCCCGCCGGUCCCAGGCCCGCAGCCCCACAGAGCCUGGGCACCCGAUGCCCCCAACCUCCUGGUCGCUCGAAAGGUGUCUGUGUCCAGGAUGCUCUCUCUGCCCAAUGACAGCUACAUGUUCCGGCCCGUAGCGCCCGCCUCGGCCCCUCACCCCCACCCGCUGCAGGAGGUGGAAAUGGAGACCUACGUGGGCACCUCCUCUGGCUUGACCUCCGUGGAGCACGUGCCACCUGUGGAGUCCUGUGCCUCCCUCCAGGCCUUGCCAACUGCGUCCUCCCCUGCCAGGGGCAACAGCACCCUCCUCACCCUGCCCCCUCGGGGCACGGCCCGCUCCCCCAGCUUUAGCCGCCUACUCUGCAGACAGGAGGCCCUGCACACCAACUCCCUGGAAGCCCAGGCUGACGGCCCUGCGGACUGCGGCCUGGACUCGGGGGAGCCUGACGGGAAGACCCCCACCAGACAGGCGUCCCUGGGGGACUCCCUGUGGUCCCCGCCCCGCUCCCCGAGGCCCGCCAGCGUCCGAGCCCGAAAGCACACUCUCGGACAGAGCUGCAUCUCCAGCCAGCUGCAGGCCGCAGGCGGGGAGGUGGCGGAGGCACCAGACCCAGCCGACGAGGAGGUCAGCCACAUCACCAGCUCAGCCCGAAGCCCCUCUCCCGAAGCCCACAGGGUGGUGGCUGGCAAGCCGGACCUGUGCAGGCUCUAUGGUGUGGACGCCCAGGGCCUUCUGGACCAGCCCGGCCGGGCAGAGCAGCACCGGCGGCCCUCGGUGGAGCAGGGUGGAGGGGACAGCCGCCCUGAGCCUGGAGAGGUGAAGGCCCCGGCCCUGGAGGCUGAGCCGGUGCUGGGGUCACGCAGGAAGAAGAAGAUGAGCCCCCCGUGCAUCUCCAUAGACCCCCCCGUGGAGGACGAGGGUGCAGCCUGGCCCCCUGCAGCGGAGGGUGGCAGUACCACCCUGAGGCGGAGAACCCCGUCCUGCGAGCCCAUGGAGGGCUUGGGGGUGGACCCUACCAGCAAGGGGGAGCGCUGGGGCCAGGUUCCCUGCCGUGCAGAGCACCUAACCAUCCCCAGCUUUGCCUUCGAGCUGUUGGAUGGGGUCCCCAGCGGGGACCUGUUCUCGGACAGUGGGCACAGGGUGGCCCCAGAACCCAGAGCUUCCUCAGGGGUCACAGCACCUGCUGAACCCCACAAAACAGAGUCUCCCAUGCCCUCCAGCGACCCCCCCGAGAAGGGAUGGGGGCUGUACCUCAAUGUCCCCGAGAGCCCCCCAAAGAAAGCAGGGUCCCCCCCAGCCAGGCCCACACCUGGUGACAGUGCGGAUGAGCCUGUGUAG